AUGCGCAGGCACUGCAGGUCGCAGCAUGAGAAGAAUCCACACAUGCCCAGGGUCUAUACUCCUACGUACGCGCUCGCGAUGGCGCCAGUCACCCCUCCGAAUCCGCUGCCGCCGGACGAGAACGUCAACCCGAUCCUCCUUGGUGUCUCCGGCGCGCUAAUCUUCUUUGUCAUCUUCACGACGUCGAUCCGCCUCUACGUUCGCUUCGCAUUACGGCAUCUGGGAUGGGAUGAUUAUCUUAUGGGAAUCGUUGCCAGUCUCGGCGUCAUCAGAUAUGGCGUUCAGUGCGCGCAAGGGAACUCGGGCAAUGGGAGGCAUCGAUGGUACAUUUCGACAGAGGAAUACGUCAACAACAGCAUGCUUGGAUGGUUCGCGCAAAUCCUUCUAUUCGCCAGUAUCUGCUUGCUCAAGUGCUCCAUCAUGCUACUGCUGCUCCGCAUCAAAGACUCCAGCCGGCUCAAGUACUUUCUGUGGUCCGUCAUGGCUGGUCUGGUUAUCACCAACUUUGGCGUCAUCAUCAUCCUGCUCGCCGAGUGCGAUCCCGUCGACGCUUACUGGACAGGAAACGGAGUGUGCUGGGACGCCAAGAUUCGGAUAUACUCGAUUUACUUGACUAUCUCAUACUCCGUUGCGACAGACUUGUUAUGCUCCUUGUUGCCUCUCGUUGUAGUCUGGCAAGUACGCAUACCACUGUCGACCAAACUCUCGGUCGGCGCAUUAAUGAGUCUCGGUUUGAUCGCCACUGGCUUCGGUAUUGCAAGAGCAGCCUCUCUUGGCCUGGUGACUAACGACUUGAGUUACGUAUACGCAGUAACCGCAAUUUGGUCCAACUUGGAGCUUUACCUCGGAAUCAUUGCUGGAAACCUGACACUCUCCAGAUCCCUCUGGUUCUACUUCUUUGGAGAAAAACAGCUCCCCAGUUCCCAUCCCUCAGCAUACGGAAAUUCGUCACAUCGCUCUCGAUCUGCGUACAACAACGGCAGCAGAUUACACGGCGACAACGGCGGUACCACCGACAUUUUUAUACGCUCGGAGCGCAGGCCCUCCCUAUCAAAGAGCGACCACAGCGACAUCCCGCUUGAACCAGGUAUCCAGAAGCGAACAGAAUUCUGGAUCUCGGAAGAGGACGUCGACGGCAAUGACAGUCACGAUGCGGCGGCGACAAGAAGGACGACAAGGCAGGCGUCGUUAUGA